AUGUCGAAAUUUAUAUAUAUUUAUCUAACUCAUUUUUCACGCAUCUAUAAUCCAUGUAAAGAGUUGUACUCUGUACAUGCUCUUAUUCAUUUAUGGCAGGAAGUAGAACAACACGGUGGCCUGGCAUACCAUAGUUUGUUAGCUUUUGAAAGUUGUCUGUGUGAGUUCGAAAAACUAGCACAUGGUUCUACUCUUUUAUGUGAACAAAUUUCAUUUUGGUGGUGUGUCUUUCGUCAGAUACGUUCAAGAGAAGUUCGAUAUUCUUCUAACUUAUUUACUGAUGAACAACUGAUACUCGAUAAUUUUUUUGGUGAGCAUGUUUUGGAUAAUUAUCGCCAAGAAUUCGAUUUAGUUUACAACCAAAUGCUUGGCGAAUUUCCGAAUUCAUCUUUAAGAUGCUAUUCUUGGUAUCAACAUGGUUUGAUCAUAUAUCAUUCUAUAUCAUAUACUCGUCGUGGAAAUUCCAACAGUUAUGAUGUAUGCGUCAAAGAUGAUUCAAAUCCUAUACAAUCAAAUUUAUAUUAUGGACAAAUUCUAUUCUUUUUUAUGUACAUGAUAAACCGUUCUUAUUCUGAAACGAUAUGCCAAUUCAAAUAA